AUGCAGGCCGCUAAGGACGCUGUCAACUACGUUUCCGAGUCCAUCCAGGGCACCGGCGCUGAGGCUUCCAAGGAGGCCAACAAGCAAGUUGCGAAGGACGACGACGCUAAGGUCUCUACCCGUGCAAGCGCCGCCAAGGACGCUCUCUUCGACAAGAAGGAUGAGAAGGAGCACGACGCCAAGGCUGAGGUGAACAAGGGUGAGUCUUGGAGAUUUCAAUCACAAUAA